AUGAGACCGUUGGAGGGGUUUUGUUCUCCCAAACGCCCAGACGAGACGGAGGACGAGUACGACGAGAGGUGGACACGUAGCCGAGACGAAUGGCGUCGGAAUUAUGUCAACGACUACUAUGCAAGGAAGGAGGCACGGAUGCCGUCACCCCAGAGCGAGAGUGAUAUGGACGACGAAGAGAUGGCCCACUCGGUCAAGCUGGUUGAACAAGAUAUACUGGUCGACGCAGGGCUUGCAACGAUAAACGAUCUCAUGAACCCCGCUGUAUACCCCCAAAUCUCCUUCGAAAUCUUGGGCAAAUCCCUGAGCGAGGUUGACCCCCGUGAGCGGCUGUGGUCCAGCGGCCCUUUUGCUCCCUACGACAGGUCGCCGUCUCCCGUGCUAGCGAACAGCCAGCCUGCUGAGGAGGGGGACGCCGCUCCCGACCAGCCGCCGCCGGCCCACAACAGAGGGGGGACACUGGAGCAUAAGCGCAAGAGGGAUCCAGAAGAGGAGGGGGACAGCGAUGAUGAGCUGCUACCGCUCGCGAUAUCCGAGGAACAACCAGGCUCUCAGAAGAGAAAGAGGCGGAAGAUAACGACGGGGAAGGAGAUACAGCCCCAGCCGCCGGCGGCCGAGACCGGAGGGACAAGGGGUUACAAGCGCAAGAGGGGUCUAGAGGAGGGGGAGGGGGACGACCACGGUGAGCCGUCGCCGCCGCCCGCCACCCCUGCGAUAUCCGAGGGACAACCAGGCCCCCAGAAGAGGCGGAGAAUGAUGAUGGGGAAGGAGAUACAGCCCCAGCCCCAGCCGCCGGCUGGUACAGCAUCCGGCAGCAAGAGGAAAAGGCAACCCGACACGGCCUGUGAGGCCUCCCAGCCGGUGCCGGACGGGCCAGAGGCCAAGAAGAGGAAGGUGGUGGUCGCCCGGGAGGAGGAGGAGGAGGAGGAGGAGGAGGAGGAGGAGGAGGAGGAGAGGACGACAGCUGCAGACGCCGCCAGCAGCAGCAAGAGGGACCGCAGCACCCUCAUGAGACAACAGAGCAGCCGGGCGAGGCCUGCAGCCCCCCGAGAGAGCUUACGGCAGCGGCGGCGCGUGCAGCCUCCCCGCCCCCUCCCGACAGCGCCCGCGGCCCGGAUCACCCGUGCGCGGCGCCGGCAGCUCUCGGGUGCAGAUGCGCAGCUCCUGCAGCUCGGACAGCACGGCUGCGCCGAAAUACAGGUGCAGACAACGGUCAGACUAGGCCGGGGGCUCGGGCGGUCCCGCCGGCAUCAAGACCCGAGCAACAGCUGGCACCAAGGAGCAGGUUGCUAA